GGGAGGAAGGGAUGCGAGGAGGUCGAGGAGCUGACUGAGAGGCAUGGAUACAGCGUGAGCACGCGAAAGCGAAGAGAUAGAAGAGAAAGAGAAGAAAGGAGCGAUGGGAUUAAUGUGAUUUCCACCCCCCCCCCACCCCCCACACACUGGGCUCGAAGUUAAAGGGAUUCGUCGCUGGAGAGGAAGCCUCGUAUGUGCCGCCUGUCAGGAGAGAGGAGCACUGCUGCAAUGCCAACUCACUCCACUGUUUCGGAGCUUUGUGGAAGAGAGAUGCUGGAAUGAGGUCGAGCACUAUGGGGUUCUCCAGGUUGGUACUCCUGACUCUUCCAGCUCUCCUUACCCUCGUGAGCCUGACGCAUGCGGCGGAGAAAGUGCCCAUCCUGAACAUUGCAGUGAUCCUGGGGCAAACGCGCUACAUUUCGGACAGGGACAUACGCGCUCUGUGGAGCAAGGACGACCCCAUCGACGUCAAUGUGGUCACCCUGCUGGUCAACGAGACGGAUCCCAAAAGCAUCAUCACUCAUGUGUGCGACCUCAUGUCCGGGACUAAAAUCCAUGGCGUGGUGUUCGGGGACGGCACCGACCAGGAAGCCAUCGCCCAGAUUUUGGAUUUUAUUUCCUCCCAGACGUUGAUACCCAUCCUGGGGAUCCACGGGGGCUCCUCUAUGAUCAUGGCCGACAAGGACGUGAAAUCGACGUUCUUCCAGUUCGGUGCUUCCAUCCAGCAGGAGGCGCUGCUGAUGCUGAACAUCAUGGAAGAGUACGAUUGGCACGUCUUCUCCAUUGUGACGAGCAAGUUCCCGGGCUACCAGGACUUCAUCUCUAUCCUGAAGACCACGGUGGACAACAGCUUCGUGGGCUGGGACCUGCAGAACACCAUCACAUUGGACGCGGUGGACGGCGACUCGCGCACCCAGAUCCAGCUGAAGAAGGUCCAGUCGCCCGUCAUCCUGCUCUACUGCUCCAAGGACGAGGCGGCCUACAUCCUGGACGAGGCGCGCUCCCUCGGGCUCACUGGCUUCGGAUACAUCUGGAUCGUACCCAGCCUGACCACGGGUAACCCGGACAUCACGCCCGAGGAGUUUCCUUCUGGAAUGAUCUCCGUCUCCUACGACGACUGGGACUACCCUCUGGAGGCACGGGUGCGGGACGGGCUGGGGAUUAUAACCACGGCUGCGUCGGCCAUGCUGGAGGAGUUCGGAGACAUUCCCGAAGCGAAGACCAGCUGCUACGGGCAAAUGGAGAAGGCCAAACUACCGCCCAGCGCUCUGCACAAGUACAUGAUGAACGUGACCUGGGAUGGCAGGGAUUUGUCCUUCACCGAGGACGGAUACCAGGAGCAUCCCAAACUGGUGGUCAUCGUGCUGAAUAAAGACCGAGAAUGGGAGAAGAUGGGGAAGUGGGAGAACCGCAGUCUGACCCUGAAGUUUCCGGUGUGGCCGCGGUUCAACUCUUUCGGAGACGCGGAGACGGACGAUAACCACCUGACCAUCGUGACUCUGGAGGAGAAGCCGUUCGUUAUUGUGGAGGACGUGGAGCGACUGACGGGAACCUGCAUGCGCAACUCGGUCCCCUGCCGAAAGCACAUCAAAGACAACACCACUGAGGGUGGCGGGACGUAUAUUAAAAAGUGCUGCAAGGGAUUCUGCAUCGACAUCCUGAAGAAGAUCGCCAGGAACGUGAAGUUCACCUACGACCUUUACCUGGUGACCAAUGGAAAGCACGGGAAGAAGAUCAACAACGUGUGGAAUGGCAUGGUGGGAGAGGUGGUGUAUAAGAAAGCCGUCAUGGCCGUGGGCUCGCUGACGAUCAAUGAGGAGCGCUCGGAGGUCAUCGAUUUCUCCGUUCCCUUCGUGGAAACCGGCAUUAGCGUGAUGGUGUCCCGCAGCAACGGCACCGUCUCUCCCUCUGCAUUUCUGGAGCCCUUCAGUGCGUCCGUGUGGGUGAUGAUGUUUGUAAUGCUGCUGCUGGUCACUGCCAUGGCCGUCUUCAUGUUUGAGUAUAUCAGCCCUCUGGGCUUCAACAGGAAUCUGGCCCAGGGCAAAGAUCCCCACGGACCCUCCUUCACCAUGGGGAAAGCAGUGUGGCUGCUCUGGGGUCUGGUCUUCAACAACUCUGUGCCCGUGCAGAACCCCAAAGGCACCACCAGCAAGUUUAUCGUGUCCGUCUGGGCCUUCUUCGCUGUCAUCUUCCUGGCCAGCUACACUGCCAACCUGGCUGCCUUCAUGAUCCAGGAGGAGUUUGUGGACCAGGUUACGGGACUGAGCGACAAGAAGUUCCAGAGCCCGUACUCCUACUCCCCUCCAUUCCGAUUCGGGACGGUCCCUAAUGGCAGCACAGAGAGGAACAUCCGGAAGAACUACCCAGACAUGCACCAGUACAUGGUCAAAUACCAUCAGACGGGGGUGACCGAUGCACUGGUCAGCUUGAAGACGGGAAAACUGGACGCGUUUAUCUACGAUGCAGCUGUGCUGAAUUACAUGGCCGGCAGGGACGAAGGCUGCAAGCUGGUGACCAUUGGCAGCGGCUACAUUUUCGCCACCACGGGUUACGGCAUCGCCCUGCAGAAGGGCUCGCCCUGGAAGCGGCAGGUGGACCUGGCCAUCCUGGCCAUCAUCGGCGACGGUGAGAUGGAGGAGCUGGAGGCCCAGUGGCUGACUGGAAUCUGCCACAACGAGAAGAACGAGGUGAUGAGCAGCCAGCUGGACGUGGACAACAUGGCCGGAGUGUUCUACAUGCUGGCCACAGCCAUGGGCCUCAGCCUCAUCACCUUCGUGUGGGAGCACCUGUUCUACUGGAAGCUUCGCUACUGCUUCACCGGAGUUUGCUCAGGGAAGCCUGGCCUGCUCUUCACCAUCAGCAGGGGUAUUUGGAGCUGCAUUCACGGUGUCCACAUUGAUAUGAAGAAAAAAUCCUCUGACCUGGACUUCAGCCCUCAGGCCAACAUGCUGAAGCUCAUCAAGUCAGCCAAGCAGAUGACCAACAUGACCAACCUGAGCGGCUCCAGGGUGAACUCGCCCAAACGCGCCGGCGAGUUCAUGCACUCGGCCGGGCCCAUGAUCAUGGACCUGAUGUCUGAAAAAGGGAACUUUGUGUAUACUGACAACCGUAGCUAUGCGCAAAAGGACAUCUACGGGGACUCCAGCGACAUCCAAGCCUAUUUGGCCAACCGCCACAAGGACCACCUGAACAACUACAUCUUCCAGGGUCAGCACCCCCUCACUCUGAACGAAUCCAACCCGAACACCGUGGAAGUUGCUGUGAGCGCGGACGCGGCUCAGACAGCUGCUAAGCCCAGGGCUCUUUGGAAGAAGUCUGUGGAUACAGUCCGACAAGGCCAGGGGCCCGACACUUUGACCCCAGACCCCCGUCUGUCCAUGAAGAGCCAGCGCUACCUUCCAGAGGAGGCAGCCCACUCCGACAUCUCCGACUGCUCAAGCAGGGCUGCCUCGUACAAGGAUCCUGAGAACAACAAGCACCUGAAGGCCAAGGACAACUUAAAAAAAAGAUCGAUGACGUCAAAAUACCCUAGGGAUUGCAGCGAAGUGGAGCUGUCCUACUUAAAAAAUAAGCAGGGCGGAUCUGGCCGAGAAAAAAUCUACACCAUAGACUCUGACCGGGAGCUGAGUCUGCACUCGGAUCCUCUGCAUUACAGGGAGAGCAGAGGCCUAGCAGCCGACGAUUUGGAUUUCCCCGAAAUUUACUCCGACCACAAUGACAAUUACAGGAAAUGUGACCAGCCCAUCAUCCAUCUGAACAGCAGCCCCCUCCAUCACACCGACACGGACCUCCUGCCUGACAACGCCUACAACAAACAUUACAACGUAAAAGACAAGAACCUCAGCCCGCAUGAGAGCAACGACCGCUUUAAACAAACCCACUGCCGGAGCUGCCUGUCAAAGGUGCCAAACUACUCCACGGGACCCUACCCGCCAAUGCGUUCACCCUAUAACCGCUGCGAGGCGUGCCUGCAUAUGGGCAACCUGUACGACAUCAGCGAAGACCAGAUGCUGCAGGAGGUGAUGAUCAGUCCCAGCGUGCACCAAGACGACACCUUCGGCCACUACUGGCCGCAGACAGACGGGCCGCACGUCCAGAAAAGGAACCGCCUGCGGCUCAGCCGCCAGCACUCCUUCGACAACAUCAUGCUGGAGAAACCCAAGGAGGUUGACUUGAACCGGCCGGCUCGCAGCGUCAGUCUCAAGGAGAAGGACCGCUUCCUGGAGGACAGCCCGUACGCCAACCUGUUCAACGUCAAGUCCGACAAACUGUUCGGGAGCAGGUCCAUGCUGUUCAACCAUAACCUGGAGGAGAGCAAGCGCAGCAAGUCCCUUUACCCCGAUCACACCACGGACAACCCGUUCAUGCAGGCCGUGCGGGACGACGCACGCCUGGUCCACGGCAGGAGCUCCUCGGACAUUUACAAACAGUUGGCGCCCGUCAAAACGAGGAACGAGAACAAUCUGAGGUCCUCCAUCAAGUCCACAACCUCGUACUGUUCCAGGGAUGGUCGAAUACCCAAUGACAUGUACAUUUCAGAGCAUGUGAUGCCUUAUGUAGCCAACAAACCCAGUGCAUACUCAGCUCCUCGGGUCCUCACUUCUUCUCAGUUCAGCAAUAGACGAGUGUAUAAGAAAAUACCUAGUCUGGAGUCAGAUGUUUAAUGCUCUUUCUCUUUGUGUAGUUGAAAUAUCUACUCACUUUAGGAUACCAUAGUCGCCCACAUCUUUUAAAAAAAAAACAGAAAAAAGACAAGUACUCUCUCUUUUGCAGAUAUCACUCUUUCAUGUAUCAUCCUGGAUAGCGCUUGCCAAAGGUUUUUGGGGCAUUUGUUUAGUCACCCUUUUAGGAACGUGGUUAAUUCUUGGGCUGAUUGUGGACGGCCAGUUAGUCAUGUAUAUUAGCCGGUGGAUCCCCAGUGGGAGCCCCAGCUGGCUGAUCCCGCAAAAGCCGAGACAGAUGGACUGCUUUGAAGUCCCUUUCAGUUUGCGGGGGGAGCAGAGUGCAUUCUGAGGUCGCUCAGGUAUAUCCCCACCCUGCGCUGGCCUCUUCACAGAAAGAGAGCUUACCCGAAUCAGCCUGGCUUUAGGGAUGGUUUACCGAAAUAUGUUAACCUGAGGCAAGCGGGGGUGUUCCGAUCAUGGCACUCGAAGCAGUGAGAGCAUAGCAUUUGUGCUUUUAUUCUCUAUUACUAUAGAUUUUUGGGAUUUCGGCAUUCGAAUCCUUAUUUAGACCUUUAGAAUCUUAGCUUAUGUGGUAGCACAAAAAAUCAUUAGUUAUCCUCUCAUCUCUCUCUGCUUCAAGUAUUUCUCGAGUACCGUCAGGAAUAGAUUAUUUUGCAUGGUUUAUUUUGUUUCGUUUACUUUGUUAUUAGAGACGAAAACACAUCUGAACGUUUGUCUGAGGUGCUUGAAAGCUUGACCUGUACUGCGUAAGUCCGCGGUAAGCACGUGACCAUCUUCCUGGGAAUAUUUUGUUCUCUGUCCAACAACAGGGUACUGACGAUUUUUGGUUUGAGAGCUUUUGGGGUGGAACCGAUGGUGUUUGACGUGUUCAUGCCGACAGCUUCGAUUUUUUUCACUGUGAAACUGCGAAUUCGAGCAUUUCUUCCAGAAAGACUGUCUACUUCUGUUGACGAGAAGGUUCUUGCUGCCACUUGUACAUUUCAAAAGCGCUCUGCAUGUGAAACCUUGGGUAAGCUUGAAGUCUGAACGAGAACAUUGGCCACUCAGAUGGCUCAAACAGAGCCGCAAAACCCUAUUUGCACCACACGGCAAGGUGAAUUAGACCACGCAGCCAAAUCAAAUACCUCAGGAUAGUUCAGUUUAGGUAUGCGGCACCAGACAAGUUCCGCGUGCUCCGUGGGUUCCUUCUUUCUGUCCCCUCUGCUGCAGUUGUUUACUCGUUCCAAGGUCUUCCAGGGCAGUCACUUUCACACGAACGCUCACGGAAAUGCAAUUAGAUGCGAGCGAGCCGAGAGGAGCUGCGGCCCAUUUGGCCUCGACCCAGCUGAGCUCGGAGCUCACGUCUGGGGCUCACGCUGCGAAAAAGCGGAAGCCGUCGAGUUGUUCUUACGUGUCCAGAGAUAGCCGAAGGUAUUGCGCCACCACGCUCAUUGACAGACGUUUGACGCUGUGCUGGGCAGCUAAUGUUUUCAUAUCAUCCUCUCCCAGAUGAAUACUCCCCAUGUUUCUUUUCAGCUUACCCAACGUUCUGAGCUCCUUUAUUGAACGCCUUGAGUAUCUUAUAUCUCAUUAUCAUGAACAUGUAUAUCAUAUUAAGUGCUGCUUGAAGAAGCUAUCGUGUAAGCAAUAUGCACAUGUAAAAUAUCAAGGUCUUGUAACCAUGUAUGACAUUCAUUUUAUUUAUUUUUUUUAUUUUCAAACUGAUUCUUGGCUUUAUUUUUUGUUAUUUUACACCCUUAUAAUAACCCCACCCCUUAAGAAAAUGUAUUUUGAUUACAUGAAAAAUAAUAGUAGUGGCAUGCAACCCAAAUGUAACGCUUUAUAUGCUUUUGUUAUGAUGUUAUGAUCACAAAACUUAUUUGUAACAGGGUGAAAAUACAGCAUAGACGUGGAAAACAACACAUUCUCAUUACGCUGCUGCUGUCUCGGAGGAAGAAGCGACGUGAGGCGCGUUUACCUGGUGCGUUAGUCUGCCGGCCACGGCUGCAUUUUCCUCCCUCGUCUGUGCCGUAAGGUGAACGACCUCGCUUUUCCUUCGACCGGCAGGUGAAAAAGUAUCACCAGCUCCGCUUUCCCCGCCUCUCACCUGCCACCUGUAGACACAUUAAAACUGUAAAGAAGACGAAAAAAGAAAAAAGAAAAAGUCCUUUCUGAGUCUGCUAUCCCCCCAAAGAUACGACCUCUUCUUCUUUUCCUCCUUUCUUAUUUAUUUGCUGUAAUAAUAGAGCUUUUUUAAUUCCUCUGAGACUUUGAGGAACUAUUUUGAAUAUAAGACACCUGUAAAUCACUUGUAAAGUCAUAUUCGAAAAUACGUCGUUAUGAAAAUGAUGAACUUACAGAAACGAUAUUUUUUGGUGUAAAUUUCACAGGAUCUGUAUAGUAGCACUCGAUUUCUGUAGAGUUAAUGUAGAAUAGGAAACACACGCACACAAACACUGUUCACAACGUCUGCAUCCGAACGUCACCUUAAGAGAUUUCGGCGUUUCCACGUGGUUGGCGAUCAGGGAUUGGUACCCUGAUCCCCUUUUUUAAGCUUGAAAUUUUUGG